CCAAAAACUCAGCACCCAUCUUUCCCUCCGAGUGCUCUCCCUCCUUUCCGAAUCCCAAUCCCAGAAAGAAGAAGAAACCAAGAUACAGUCGGCGGUGGCUGAGAGAGGCAGAUAGAAAGAGAGGCUUGCUUUUAUACCGUCGUAAGGAAAAUGGAGAAUUCUCAGGCCAAGGAAUUCAUCUUCCGCUCCAAGCUCCCCGACAUCGAGAUUCCGGACCACCUGCCGCUCCACACUUACUGCUUCCAGAAGCUGGAUACCCUCCGCGAUAAGGCGUGCAUCAUCGAUGGUGCCAAGGGGAGGAUCUACAGCUACGGCGAGGUCGAGCUGACUGCCCGCCGCGUGGCCGCUGGGCUGGCGAAGCUCGGCGUCCAGCAGCGGGAGGUGGUCAUGCUGCUGCUGCCCAACUCGCCGGAGUUCGCGUUCGUGUUCUUCGGUGCCAGCUACCGCGGGGCGACCACGACGACGGCCAACCCGUUCUACACGCCGCAGGAGAUCGCGAAGCAGGCGCGGGCGUCCAAAGCGCGGCUGGUGGUGACGCAGUCGGUGUACGCGGAGAAACUGAGCGAGCUGCGGGAAAAGGACGGGGUGAAGGUGGUGUGCGUGGACGAGGGGUUCCCGGAGGGGUGCCUCCACAUUUCGUGCCUGACGGAGGCGGACGAGCGGGAGAUGCCGGAGGUGGAGGUGCUGCCGGAGGACAUCGUGGCGCUGCCGUACUCGUCGGGGACGACGGGGCUGCCCAAGGGGGUGAUGCUGACGCACCGGGGGCUGGUGACGGACGCCGCGCAGCACGUCGACGGCGAGAACCCGACGAUCCACAUGAGGGUGGAGGACGUGGUGCUGUGCGUGCUUCCGCUGUUCCACAUAUACUCGCUGUCGAUCCUGCUGGCGGGGCUGAGGGCGGGGUGCGCCAUGCUGGUGAUGCCCAAGUUCGAGGUGGGCGCGCUCAUGGAGCUGGUGCAGAAGCACAAGGUGAGCAUCGCCCCCAUCGUGCCGCCCAUCGUCCUGGCCCUCGUCAAGAACCCUAACGUCGACAAAUACGACCUCUCCUCCAUCCGCACCGUCAUGUCCGGCGCUGCGCCCAUGGGCAAGGAGCUCGAGGACGCCCUCCGCGCCAGGAUCCCCAACGCCAAGCUCGGCCAGGGUUAUGGAAUGACUGAGGCGGGUCCGGUUAUAUCGAUGUGCUUGGCCUUCGCCAAGGAGCCUUUCGAGAUCAAAUCAGGCUCUUGUGGCACCGUAGUCAGGAACGCUGAGCUCAAGCUUGUUGACCCGGACACGGGCGCAUCCCUGCCUCGCAAUCAAGCCGGAGAGAUCUGUAUUAGGGGAAACCAAAUCAUGAAAGGUUAUCUGAAUGACUUGGAGGCGACGGCAACGACAAUAGACAAGGAUGGGUGGCUUCACACAGGAGACAUCGGGUACGUUGAUGACGACGAUGAGUUGUUCAUAGUGGACCGGUUGAAGGAGUUGAUCAAGUACAAGGGCUUCCAGGUGGCCCCCGCUGAGCUCGAAGCUAUGCUGCUCACCCACCAGGCCAUCGCCGACGCCGCCGUUGUCCCGAUGAAAGACGAUGCGGCCGGCGAGAUUCCGGUGGCCUUUGUCGUCAAAUCGAAUGGCUCGGACAUCACGGAAGAUGACAUCAAGAAGUUCGUUGCCCAGCAGGUGGUGUUCUACAAGAAGAUACAGAAGGUGUUCUUCCUAGAUGCAAUCCCGAAGGCUCCUUCAGGCAAGAUUCUGAGGAGAGAAUUGAGGGCAAGGUUAGCGCAGGGUGUCCAAAGUAAGUAGGUAGCGUAGAGUUGUAGGGACACAACCCCUCUUUUCUACGGAGUUCUCAGCUCCGGCUCCCGAGGCAAGAGUGGCUUAACCUCUUGGUGGAGGAAGAGGAGGGACUAAGUGUAAUUGGUGAUGAGCUGUGUUAUAUAUGAUAUAAUAUAUGCGGAAAGAGGGGUUAUGUGGUUGCUAUGUGGAACGGAACCGUCCGGAGCACGGGGUUUCCUCUCUGGAUCAACACACAGGUCCACCUAAGGAUAACCCCAAUCCUCUCCUACGUCUAUUUUUUCCUCUUCUUUUUGUUUGAUUUCAUGUUCUUUUCCUUAUGUGAUUAAUGCAUCAAUGUCCUUUGUAAGGAUAACGUAUAAGAGACUCAUAUUUUCAUCUUCAA